CAACGCUAGUCAGGUGACUGUCUGCAGACAGAACAUGGCUGACCUGUCAGAAGACCAAUGAGGAAAAGGCCAAAUUUAGCAUAAUCGAUCAUACUUUUCACGCCGUACUGACCACUGUUGACUGUCGUGGACAGCAAUUGACCACGGGCAUUCAAGGUGAGUACGAGAGCGCUUCAAUUCGGAUUAAAAUAGUUCCGUGUGUUGCUCGUUUCAGCUGAAGCUAACGUUCGUAAAGCUAGCUAGCUGCUAGCCAAACAGUCCUCGCUCUCUCCAGCAGAUACAAGUCUAAUGGAUGUGAAAGCUCGCAGGAGGAAAUAGGAUUUGGGUAACUUUGUACGGCCACAACAAGUUGGCUUCCGCAAUGUUGUAACAUUAUUAACAAAACACACGUUUGCUGUUUCGCAAGUGAAUAAACGAGUUAUGAGUGAAAGGGACACCGUCGUUAGAAGUAGAGGAAUUCAUUAACGGUGUUUCAGUGAUUGCAGACCUACGUCGAUGAGCGAGUUUCCGGAAGGAAUAGCUAAUGGGCCGAGCAGGGGCAAACACUUACAGAAAGAUGGCCACAUUUGGGAGAGGCCGUGGACUCUUGAAGAGAUGCGGCAAAACAGUGCCAACUGGUCCCUGGCAGCUGACUCAGGGCUCUUCCUCUUCCUCCAAGACUUCUCCCAGAGGAUGCUGUCGAAGACACAUGAGAUUGAAAAGCAGAUGGACAGUCUGAUCCGUGACACCAAGGCCACAGACAGCUGCUUGCACUCUGUGUUCAACGACUUCCUCAUGCUUUCCAAUACCCAGUUUAUAGAAAAUAGAGUGUAUGAUGAAGAGGUGGAGGAGACUGUCUCUAAGGCUGAAGCUUUUGAAAAGCAGCCUGAGCAGGAGAAGACUCGGGAGCAGAAAGAGGCAGAGUUGAUCCCAAAGAUGCAUGCGGCUGUGAACUAUGGUUUAAGUGUGUUGGAGUCAGCCUUUGAGCAUCUGGACAUCAAAGCAGGAAACUCUGACUCAGAGGAUGAUGACCUCACUGACAGAGUGGAGGCCAUCCUGGAGCCCAAGGAUCUCUAUGUAGACAGGCCGCUUCCAUAUCUGAUUGGUUCCCAGGCCUUCAUGGAACAGGAAGAUGUUGGACUUGGUGACCUCUCAAGUGAUGAGAUGUCAGUUGACAGCGACAGAGACAGUGUGAUUGAGAGCGAUGAUGAAAAAGAAGCGGACCAGUCUGAUGAUGACUUUAUUCAGGAGGAGGAUGAAGAUCACAAUAAUCUCAAGAAGAAGUCAUCCAUGUUGAGUUAUGAUGACGAUGAGGAAGAGGAGGACGAGGAUUCAGACAUAUUUGGAGAAUCGGACAGGGAUGAUGAUGAGGACUCAAAGAACACAGGCCCGUCUUCUUUUGCUGACGAGCUGGCCGCCCGGAUCAAAGGUGAACCAAUCAAAAAGCCGGAGGCAGAUCGAGCAUCAAUUACAUCUAAGAAGAAGACUAAAGGCAAAAAGGAAACAAAACCCGUAAAGCCUCAGGCUGAAGAGGACAGUGAUGACAUAUUUAAGCCGCCAAAGAUGGAUGAAGACGAUCUCUCCCCGUUUGGUGGGAAAAGCGGCCUCUUCAGUGGAGGGAAGGGUCUGUUUGACGAUGAUGAUGAGGGGGAUCUUUUCUCUGAGGCACCUAAACCUCCUGUAGCUGAAGAGAAAAAGGCUUUGACUGAAAGCUUGAAAACCACAGUUCAAGCUCCAGAAUCUGACAAACCUGCAAAGAAGAUCCCAGCUGGUGCCGUUUCAAUAUUUCCAGAUACCAACCUGUUCAGUUCAGGGAACGACUCUGAUCCAGUGGAGAACAAGGAGAAUGGUUCUGGCCCCAAACCGGUUCCUACAGCAGCUGGUGUUGGUGGAGGAGGAGGUGGGCUGUUUGAUGAUGAGGAGGAGGAAGAGGAUGACUUCUUCAGUGGUAAAAGCCUGAAGAAACCUGACCCUGCCGUACAGGAGAAAUCCAAACCCAAGAAAGCUAUUGACCUUUUUGAUGAGGAUGAUGAGGAUGGGGACAUAUUCAGUGAGAAGAACAGCGUGUCUGCUCCAGCUCAGAGCAAGAAGGAGGUGGUGAUGGAGGAGCCGGUAAAACAUCCUGAGAAAAAGCUGCCAGCUGGAGCUAUUUCUAUGUUUGGUCCUGGGACUAAAAACGUGCUCAUUGAGGGCCUGAAAAAACGGCAGCAGUCAACCAGCGAGGAAUCUGAGAAAUCUGAGGAGAACGGAGCUGCUCCAGAUGUCGGGAAGUCUGCCGUCAAGCCCUCUCCUAAACCGCAGAGCAGAGGCCUGUUCUCUGAUGAUGAAGACACACCGCCAUUUCCAACCCUCCCUAAGAGCCAGUCCAAGCCUGAAUUUUCAAGCCAGAACAAAACCGGCAAGGCGCCUUUGUCUUUCUUCGAUGAUGAAGAGGAUGAGGAUCUGUUUGCAUCUGCAGCAAAAUCUAAACCAAAACCUAACCAAGCUAAAGCCUCCACACCACAGCCCAGUAAGGCUGUGUCCAGCUUGCUCUUCAGUGAUGAUGAGGACCAGUGGAUAAGCUCUAAAAGUAGUCCAGAGAAGCCUGAGGUCAAGACAGGAGGGAUGAAGCCCAGUGCCAGUGCUCCCUCCAGUCUCCCCAGUGCCAAAACGUCUCACAAAAGUAGCCUCUUCGACGAUGACGAUGACGACCUGUUUGCUCCAACAAAAGAGUCAAGUCAGAAGAAGCCUCAGAGAGUGGCUCUCUUGUUUGAAGACGAGGGUGAUGAAGAUAAAGGAUCUUUCUUUGGCAUCAAACCUGCCGUCAACACAAACACUGCAGCCGCAGCUUCUAAAACACCUAAUGUGGUCUCUCAGCCACCCUCUGUGAUGGAGAAACCAGAGGAGGCUGCAGCGCCCAGGACGGACGAUAAGCCUCCAGAGCAGGUGAAAUCUGCGCCAAAGACCCCUGAGCUGCCCCCGUCAUCGUCGCCCUCACCACAGAGCAGUGAAAGUAAAAAGAAACCUGCCGGAGCAGUCAGCAUUUUUGGCGGAAUUGACAUAUUUGCAAGCAAGCAGACAAAGAGCCCAUUGUUGGAUGAAAGUGACCACGAUGACAGCUUUCCCGCCAAGGAUAGCCCACCGCUAACCGUCAAGAAGGAGGAGAAGAAAGAAGAGAAAGUGAAAACAAACACUGUCAGUCUAUUUGAUGAUGAAGAGGAGGAAGAGGAUUCAGACUGGAAUGACCCCAUAUUCACGCCCAGUAAACCUGCAGUAAAAAACACACUUAAGCCUGCAGAAGAGAGACAACAAACAAAGAGCACAGGUGUGUUCCAGGACGAGGAGCUGCUGUUCAGUCACACGCAGCAGAAAGACAAUGACCCCGAUGUCGAUCUCUUUGCCACCUCAGGAAAAGCAGCGAGCUCCAAGCCCAGCUCUGCGAAGCCGGCAUCACAGAGUCUGUUUGCGAAUGACGAUGAGGACGACCUCUUUGGCCCCACCAAGCCCAAAGCUCCUCCUCCGAAAGUGGCUGAGAAGCCCAGUAAACCUGUUGAUAGAGCACCACUAGCAAGUCCAGAAUCUGUAGCAGAGAUCAAGAAACCUGCCCCAAGUGUUGUAAAACCUAAAGAUUCCUCAUCCAGGAUUGGGAAACUUCAAGCCAAUCUGAUGAUCAACCCUGCUGCUUUGCUGCCUGGUGCUGUCCCCACUUUUCUAGGGGCUACAGCUGCAUCACCUGGCACAGGCCCCAGCUCCUCUUCAGGGGUGUCCAGCUCUAGCCUGAGCCCCAGCCCUGUCACAACUCCUUUAGGUGCCCAGCCAGACAGCGAAGGAGCCGUGAGCUUUGAAACUCCAGUCCAAGUUGCAACACUUCUGAGCGCACACAAGGGUCGUGCCAAAGGUUCAGCACAGCGGAGACCCCAGUCCAGAGCAGCCAGGCAACAAUCAGCCCAGAGAUCUGCAGUGAAUGAAGAACAGACCCAAAGUGCAAACGCUCCUGUCCCGAACCCAAGUCUGACUGAUUUAGUCUUACCUCCACCAGACAAGUCCAGCCAGGCCCCUGCGGGUCCAACACUACCUAACUCAGCUCCACCUACAGCCUUACCCGACUCCUCAAAUUCUCAGUCCUCUCUUCCUGAGACCUCCCCGAGACCGUCUGCACUGACACUGCCAGUUUCCACAAACGAUGAAAAGAAAGACUUGAGUAAAGACGGCAACAGUACAACAGUGCUGCCUUCUUCUGAUGAGGAUGACCUUUUUGGCUCAGACGGUCUGUUCGGUGUGACUAACACAUCCGCCUCCAGACAAACCACCAAGACAACAGCACCUCCAGCCAGUAAUGACGUAGGACUGACGACAGACAAGGACAAAAGCACACUCCCAUCCAUUUUUGAUGACAACACUGACGACUUGUUCCAAAACAUCAAGUCUAAGUCCUCGACUAAGAAGGCCAAGGCCUCUUCCUUUUUGGAGGAUGACGAUGAUGAGGAUAUCUUUGGAGUGAGCAACAGCUCCACUCCCUCAUCAACAAGCAGUAAAGACAUGAAGAACAGCAGCACUUUUUCCAAACAGGACAUCUUCCAGGAUGAAGUAACCAUUGUGCCUAAAGCUGAUAAAAAGCACAAAGAGAAGACCAUUGAUGCCAGCUUGUUUGACGACAACAUUGACAUUUUUGCUGAUCUGACGGACUCAAUAAAGCCUAAGCAGAAGUCCAAGACAAAGGGAGAGACCAAGUCAAUAUUUGACGAUGACAUGGAUGACAUCUUCUCACCGAGCACGGUAAAAGCAGUCUCAAAAGCUCCCAGCAAAUCAAAGAAGACACCGCCGUCUCAGGAGAGCACUACGGCGGCCGAUUCAAGCAACAUCUUUGAUGAUCCACUAAAUGCUCUUGGUGGGAACUGAUUGUUUCUGAGUAGCCAAAUUUGUAUAAUUGUGAAUUAAAUCUUUUGUCAGUUGGUGGCUGAAAGAUUGGAGAUCGGAUACACUGUUGAUAGAGUAUUUAUUCGUAUGAAUUCAUAUAAAUACUAUGGCAUAUUUUUUGCAGAUAAAGUCUCAAAUGAAAAUAAUUCAAGUCAUCUCCCGACAGCACUUCCAAAAUCAUCUCUGCAUCAGAUCUUACUAUGUAACAGUUAAUGUGUACUGUUAAUCUUUAUUAUACAUGAUAGCACUUUAUAAGCAUACCCUAUGCUUAGCCUCAAAGCCUGCAGAAAUUAACAGUACAUUUUUGUUUAUUUUGAGUUGUUUAUUGUUUGGCUUUUCCAUGUUGAGAUUCCAUGUCUUUUGGUUUGUGCCAUAUAAUGUUUAUGAGAAAUCAGUGUGUUUACUUAAUGUCUUAGGCAUUUUGACAAUGUUUUUAUUAAUAGAAAGUUCAUCAAUUUCUUAACUUUGGCUGUGAUAAAAAGGAAAUUCAUUUUUAAUAACUAAAAAGAAACAUAUUUUAUGCUAUCUGAAA